UAUCUCAAAGGCUACGACAACUUACAGAGCACACAAAGAACAGUUAAACUGAUUGAAUUACAAUGUGAUUUGAAUGUGAUGGACGAAGACAGUCCGGAUGGCCUAGCGUACCCCUAACAAAGUGUCUCCUGGUCUGAUAAUCCCCUCAUCAUGUGUAAAUAAAACGUUUUGAUGCUACUUGAUCAAUCAGUUGUUCAGGCGAUGACCCAAUUGAGUCAUUUGUGAAACAAACGUUCGGCUGCUGUGAGUUGGACGCCGGAGAGCUCAGUUUCCUUGACCAGACGAGAGAUGGAUGAGAAGACAGGAUUGUUAGAGAGACCGCUGCGUACAAGAAAUGGCAGGCUGUACCUCGCUGUUUUUUCAGCUGUUUUGGGGAACUUUAACUUCGGCUUUUCUCUGGUGUAUCCUUCCCCGGUCAUCCCACAACUACUGGUCAUCGACGACCCUCGGCUGAGAUUAGACACGGAGCAGGUCGCGCAGUUUGGGUCUAUCUUCACACUGGGAGCCGCUGCAGGGGGUAUAGGGGCCAUGUUGCUGAAUGACCUGAUUGGUCGGAAGAUAAGCAUCAUGGCCUCAGCAGUGCCAUCUACUGUUGGGUACCUGUUGAUGGGCUCAGCCCAGGCCGUUUGGAUGCUGCACCUGGGCAGGUUCCUGACCGGCAUCGCAGGGGGAAUGACAGCCGCCUCUAUACCGGUGUACAUAUCGGAGAUCUCCCACCCGUCUGUGAGGGGCACUCUGGGCUCGUGCCCUCAGAUCACCGCCGUGUUCGGAUCUCUGGCUCUCUACGCCCUGGGCCUGGUGUUGCCGUGGCGAUGGCUUGCAGUGGUGGGGGAGGUUCCCGCCCUCCUCAUGCUGUUCCUGCUCUGCUUCAUGCCCUCCUCGCCCCGCUACCUGGUCACCAACGGGCACCGGGAGCGGGCGAGGAGGGCGCUGGAGUGGCUGAGAGGGCCGGACUCUGACUACAGGAGAGAGCUGCAGGCUAUAGAGACCGGCAUUGCCACACAGGGCAAAGUCACGUGGGCGGAGCUGACCACUCCGUUCUACUACAAGCCCAUCCUCAUCUCCGUAGUGAUGCGUUUCCUGCAGCAGCUGAUGGGCAUCACCCCCAUCCUGGUGUAUCUGGAGCCUAUCUUCCAGAGGACCAACAUCUCCCUUGCACCCAAGUACGACGCUGUGAUGGUGGGGGCUGUCCGUCUGCUGUCUGUUGCCUUGGCAGCGAGUUUGAUGGACAAGGCAGGGCGCAAGAUUCUGCUCUACACCUCUGGAUUCCUGAUGUUCAUUUCCACUCUGUCUAUAACCAUUUACUCCCACACCACCCCCUGCCCCAAUCCCAAUAUAACUGAGUAUAUAGCCACCAACUACAUAUCCCAGAAUGCACCAGCCUUCAACCCGGUUACUCUCAUCCCCCUCAUCAGUUUCAUGCUGUUCAUAUUCGGUUACGCCAUGGGCUGGGGACCAAUCACGUGGUUGCUGAUGUCAGAGAUCCUCCCACUGGGGGCGAGGGGCGUGGCCUCAGGGCUGUGUGUCGGGGUCAGCUGGUUGACAGCCUACGGCCUCACGCACGGCUUCAUCGACGUGGUGGAUCGCUACGGCUUGUUCGUUCCCUUCCUUUUCUUCUGCGUGGUCUGCGUCGUCAACAUCCUGUUCACGGCUGUGGUCGUUCCUGAGACCAGAAACCGCUCGCUGGAGGAGAUCGAGAACUACUUCCGGACUGGACGGACCUUCACCAUUAUUGAAGGCUGAUCUGACCACACCCGCAGACCAGCUGUCAUCAGAAACAUAAUUGCCAUGUACAUUUCUGAUUCUCAGACCUGUUGAUCUAACCUGAAAUCAUCCAUUAGAAACCUGACCUCAACAAACCCAUCUGUCCAAAAGGCAUUAUCAAAAUUGCCCAAUGGAAAACUUAACCAAUAUUUAAUCCCAGUACCUACCCAUGACCCCUCAAAUUGCAUGAAACAAAACCUCAAUUUCUUAUCAUGAACAGAAAUCACUUCUAGACCAUCAACACCGAUGCAAGUAAUCACACCCAGGUUUAAAUGUUACUGAAGUAUUUUUACUAUUGUUGUGCAGAUGUUGAUAACGUUUACAGUGUUUAGGGAUUUUGCACACUGUCCAUCUGCCAUCUUGGCCCGGUGAGCAGAACAGAGUGUAUACAGUCUUCAUACCUACAAUAUUCGAGAACAGAACAGUCAUGCCCAGAGCGGCCCAAAACAAGCAGAUCAUUGUUCAAUUCACGUGUGUGUGAUACCAAGUGAAAAAGGAUAUAAACAGAUUUACAAACAUCACAUGUAACUUAAUUUUGUGUAAUAAGUGUUUAAGGUUUAAUAAAGUUUAACAAAUGUUUUAAUGUUCUUACAUUUAAGCCAUU